AUGUCUCAGUCUCUCCCACUCACCUUCACCGUUCCAACAGCCCUCGUCCUCAUAGACAACCAGUCGGGCUUCACCCAUGCAUCAACCGCCUCAAGUUGGGGCAACGGGCGUUCCAACCCUCUCUACGAAGUGAACAUCCAGUCGCUCAUCACUGCAUUCCGCACAGCCAAAGAGACCUCAUCGACACCGCUGGAGCUGAUUCACGUCUUCCACUCGUCUGUCCAGGCUGGUUCCCCUCUUCAUCCGUCCCAUCCAGCCCAAGGAAUUCGCCCGCUGGACUAUGCCAUCCCGGCAAAGGACGGCUCGGAGCCUGUGUUCUGGAAGAGCGUGAACUCUUCGUUCAUUGGGACGGGCCUUGAAGCGUACCUGCGCGAGAAGGACAUCCGUCAAGUGAUCUUUGCCGGGCUGACGACGGAUCACUGCGUCUCGACCACCGUUCGCAUGGCGGCGAACCUGAGAGUGGUGGACCGCUUCCCUGAUGGUGGCCCUGUGAAGCUAGCCUCUGAUGGGAGCCACGAUAGGACCUUGAAGGUCGAAGCAGGGCGGAUUAUUCUGGUGUCUGACGCUACGGCGACUUUCGGUAAAGGUGGUUUCGAUGCCGAAACUGUCCAUAAGGUGUCCGUCGCUAGUCUCGAAGGCGAGUUUGCAGAGGUCUUUGGGACGGAAGCAAUCGUCAAAGCGCUGCGAAGAGCUUAA